AUGAGCCGGGCCUUGAGCUGGGACAUGGACGGCCUGCGAGCUGACGGCGGCGCAGCCAGUGGGGGCGCCCCCUCCUCCGCGGCCGCCACUGCGGGGCAGUGCCGUGGCUUCCUUCCUUCGCCAGUGUUCGGCGCACACUCUGGCCGGGCAGCGGCUGCGGCUGCGGCUGCGGCCGCAGCCGCAGCAGCAGCUUCUGGUUUCUCCUAUCCCGGAGCUGCAGAACGCUCCGGCUCAUCCUCUUCCUCCUCGUCGUCCGCAGUGGCGGCGGCGGCGGCUGCAGCGCGUCCCGAAGCACCCUCUACCAAGGAUUGUCCCGGCUCCACUCCGGCUCCGACUCCAGCUGCAGCGCCCCCGGCCGCCCCGACACUGGGCUAUGGCUAUCAUUUUGGCAAUGGAUACUACAGCUGCCGCAUGUCCCACGGCGUGGGGAUCCAACAGAACGCACUCAAGUCCUCCCCACACGCCUCUUUGGGGGGCUUUCCCGUGGAAAAAUACAUGGACGUCUCCAGCCUGGCCAGCACCAGUGUCCCGGCCAACGAGGUCCCCUCCCGGGCUAAAGAAGUGUCCUUUUACCAGGGCUACACCAAUCCUUACCAGCACGUCCCCGGGUAUAUAGACAUGGUCUCCACCUUUGGUUCAGGGGAACCGAGACAUGAAACGUACAUAUCCAUGGAAGGUUACCAGUCCUGGACUCUGGCGAAUGGCUGGAACAGUCAGGUUUACUGUGCUAAAGACCAGUCCCAGAGCUCACAUUUUUGGAAAUCUUCCUUUCCAGGGGACGUAGCUCUAAACCAGCCUGAUAUGUGUGUCUACAGACGUGGAAGAAAGAAACGAGUUCCCUACACCAAACUACAGCUGAAAGAACUGGAGAACGAAUACGCCAUUAACAAGUUCAUUAACAAGGACAAGAGGAGAAGGAUUUCCGCAGCCACAAACCUGUCUGAGAGACAAGUGACCAUUUGGUUUCAGAACAGAAGAGUGAAGGACAAGAAAAUAGUCUCCAAACUCAAAGACAAUGUCUCCUGAUCCCGAGCCGAGGACAAAUACGUUAAAUUCACAAGCUUUAUGUUAUCUUCCUCCCAGAAACUUUUGGAAAGACUUGAACAUAUAUUUAAUUUCUCCUUCUGCCCCCACCCCUUUACUGCCAGCGGCGGCGAAAUUUUGUGAAUUGUUUUUCGUCCCUCACCGCAUUUUGGCUCUAAAGCAUAAUGCUGCCCAACUUGACUUUGUAAUUCUUCUUCUUAUUGGUUAUUAUUGCUCCCGUUGGUUUUUGUUUUGUUUAUUAUUAUUUUUAAUGUUCUGUUUCUCCUUCCAGGCCAGUAUAAAGGACUGAAUAUUUUUUAACAAUUCCCAUAAUGAAUUUCGGAUACACUACUCUAAUUUCAGUUGUUGUUGUCAUUUUUUAUCACUUGAAAUCUGGUGCUAGCAUUUGUCCCUAUGCUUGUUUUCAUAAACCAUUAUGGUCAAAUGAUUUCAAAUCAUUCAUGACCCAUCAUUGGCUUAUGAAAUCAUUGAAAGUCAAUGGACACUACUAAGCAAGCAAAAACUCUGCCCAGAGGAGACUUUUAUAUUUUAAAUGUGAAAGUCUAAAAAUUGGGAAUUGAAGGUGCAGUCCUUGUUUUUAAAUCACUUCUUUAAAAAUAAGACUUGGACCAAUAUUAGCAAUAAGAACAUCUGAUUUCAGAUCUUACUGCUAAUUGACAAUUUUUACUAUACAGCUUCAACAAACUUAGUAGAUCCUUAAUUCCGUGAUUUUUAACUUAAAAUAGGUAGUGUAUCUUUACAAAGGCCUUUGUUUCUUCUGAAUCAGGUACAGUGAUUUAAAGGGCUGAAGUUUCUAGAUUUUAUAUCUUGCUAAUAUUCACUACGGUUAUUCCUUCCAAAUAGUUAAGAUUGAUUCAGUUGAUAUAGAUGCAGGCAUUUUAACCAUCAUUCGGAUAUAGGACAUGCCGGAUAAUAUGUAUAAUAAGUGUGUAUAUACUUGUAUUUUUAUCUGAAGUAUCAUACACCCUCAUAUUAACAAGGCUGUUUGAACAAACGUUUUCCUCCUCUCACAGGUUCAAAGCUUCUAACAAAAUGGAGAAGGAAAAAAACAAACAAACAAACCCCAAACUCUUUAACUUCCAAGAAUAAAUGGGUGUUAAGAAAAGUAACAAUAAAUAAUGAAUUUUAAAGAUCGCAUAAUUUAUAUAGCUGAGAGAUUAUUUUUUUAAGUAACAACAAUUAUAAUCUGUGAUACCAAUGCAGUACUUCAGACACAUUGUAAUUGGUUUACUCCUAGGGAGAAACUUCACAAAUAAACAAACCAAAAAAACAAAAAACAAAACAAAAAAAAAAACAUUACUUUCUAUAAAUUUUUACUCUAUAAAAUCUGCAAUUUAUUAUAAAACCAUGUUGUCUUUCAAACUAUGCAUAUUUAUUUUAAUGGCCUAUUUCUCUGAACAUGUUGAUCAUCAGUGUAAGGAGCGAAGAAUCACAUCAAUUACUGUGUUUUCUUCUUUCCUCUUCAUUUUUGCUACCCUUCCCUUUCCUUCUCAUACCCCCCUACCCCCACCCCCCCUUCAGCUUUAACUUUAAGUAAUGUUUGAAAUACCAGACAAACUUACCUUGCUUUUAAUAAUGACAUUCUUUUUAAAAAAAGAAAGAAAGAAAAAGAAAAGAAAAAAAAACCAGCUCAAAAACAUCUCCAAUAAAAAUUUUCUUCUAUUUCAAUCAUAA